GUAAACAGAUGAGACAGAGGAGGCAUUCUCAAGUUUAUAAGUGCUGCAUUCUUUCCACCAGCAUUUGCAACAGCCAGGCAUAACAUAACUUUCCUGUGAAGGAAGUUUUAUGCCAUUAUAUUAUCAGCACUCUUUUGUCUCUAUGGCAAGCAAGUAAAAUCUGCUGCUGUAGCAAAGCCUCAGUUCUAUGAAUUCUCAGCAGCCCAUUUGAGAAAAGUCACAAAGAUCUUAAAUUUAGCUGAAUCUGGAAAUGGGUUGUCUGAUAAGGCUUCUGGGUCUGUGUCUAUGGAUGUACUUGGCAAGCUUAAGCUUCAUUUCAGUGGGUGCUAUGUGUGCAAGAGUGGGAGAAGUUGAGAAAGGGAUUGUUUUAGUUCAUGGGAAAUGUGCUAUUGGAAGGAUUGAUGAUGAUUUUGUGUGUGCAACUCUGGAUUGGUGGCCUCCUCAGAAAUGUGACUAUGGAAAAUGUAGUUGGGGGCAUGCUUCUCUGCUUAAUCUGGAUCUCAACAACAAAAUUUUGUUAAAUGCAGUAAAAGCCUUUUCAUCUAUGAAAAUUAGAGUAGGUGGCACUUUGCAAGACAAGGUCAUAUACGGAACUGAAGAUAAUCGAGAACCCUGUACUCCUUUUGUUUUGAAUGCUAAUGAAAUGUUUGGUUUCACUCGAGGGUGCUUACCGAUGAAGAGGUGGGAUGAGCUAAACAGCUUUUUCCAGAAAGCAGGGGCUAAGGUUAUCUUUGGAUUAAAUGAGCUUGCUGGAAAAUCUAUAAAGUCUGGUUUUGCUGUUGGACCUUGGAACUACACCAAUGCUGAAUCUUUAAUACGAUACACUGUCAGAAAGAAGUACCACAUUCAUGGUUGGGAACUUGGGAAUGAAUUGUGUGGACAUGGAAUUGGGGUAAGUGUUGCAGCAGAUCAAUAUGCUUCUGAUGUUGCUUCUCUAAGAAAGAUAGUUCAAAAUGAAUAUAGAGGGAUUGUACCAAAGCCACUAGUUAUUGCUCCUGGAGGCUUCUUUGACGCAGAUUGGUUUAAGGAAUUUAUAAGCAAGUCUGGUAAAUCUGCAGAUGUGGUCACCCACCACAUUUAUAAUCUUGGGCCAGGAGUUGAUGACCACUUAAUUGAAAGCAUUCUUAACCCUUCCCGUCUGGAUGGAGUGGCUGACACAUUCAGAAGUCUCAAAGGUAUACUUCAAAAUUCAACAAACAAGGCAAAAUCAUGGGUUGGUGAGGCAGGAGGGGCCUAUAAUAGUGGCCAUCAUCUUGUGUCUGAUGCAUUUGUCUACAGUUUCUGGUAUUUAGACCAGCUUGGCAUGUCAGCUGUUUAUGACACCAGAACAUACUGCAGACAAAGUUUGAUAGGAGGAAACUAUGGUUUACUGAAUACUAGUACUUUCAUGCCAAAUCCAGACUAUUACAGUGCACUUCUUUGGCACCGACUCAUGGGACAGCGUGUCCUUUUAACCACCUUCUAUGGUACAAAGAAGAUAAGAACUUAUGCACACUGUGCAAAGGAAUCCAAAGGGGUGACAAUAUUAGUGCUCAACUUGGAUAGCAGCACCACAGUUGAAGUGAACGUGGACUUAAAAUUUAACAAGUUACCUCACAGUGGAGUGCAUGAACCAGCGAGAAGAGAGUACCAUUUAACAGCACCAGAGAGGAAUUUACAUAGCCAAAUCAUGUUGCUAAAUGGAAAAAUUUUAAGUGUAAACUCAGCUGGUGAAAUUCCUCCUUUGGAGCCUAUAUAUGUAGACUCAACAAAGCCAAUAACAGUUGGCCCUCUAUCUAUUGUAUUUGCUCAUAUACCAAAUGUUAUUCUUGCAGCAUGCAGCUAGCUUAGUGGCACUAGGUGAAUCCGAAAAUUGGUUUCACUUGGUGAUUCGUAAAAUAAGAGAUAGAAUACAUGAAAAUUGUGUUUAAGCUUAUUAUUGGUGAUAGUUUUAUCUUCUCUUCUCCUAA